AUUUGGAAGCAUCCGACCUUAGACCCGUUUGGCGGGCUCCUUUUCGGAUCCCUUCUCUGAACGAAACCCGGCGAUUCAGUGUUCUAGGGUUUUCGAAUCGCCACGGCGUCGUCCGCCGCUCCUUCUUCGUGUCUCCCGGUAAGCAGUCUCCCUCCCGAACCCUAACCCUGCUUCCUUCGCGUCUCCCGGUCAGCAGUCUUUGUUCCGAACCCUAAGUCGUUGUUUCCUCUAUGACUUCAUCUAAUGGGAAAAAAAAACACUAGCCCGGAGCUGUGUCCAGCGCCGGAUUCCGGCUCAUUCGCGGCAGAUUUCGGCGUCUUCGAGACUACGUUGGUCGGGAUUUUGGUGAAAACCCUAGCUCGGAGGAAGGAAUCUUGCUUCUGAAACUCGAAUUGAGAUCAGCAACCAAUCGAAGUUCCUCCUCAUAUUGGAUUUCUAGAGACCAGCGAAAGGGCUGUACUUACUAUAUUUAAUGUCAAAAAGAAUAAAUAUCGUUAAGAGGACAACUAGAUCAAGUUUAGUGUUGAAGAGAUUUGGGUCUGCCACCUCCACAUUAUCUGGUAAGCCCUGCUUGUAAGAUGGAGGAAGCUUUGAUUCCUGGCAAGCGGAAAGUGCCUGAGCAAGAUUCAGAGGGCAAAUCUGCAUUCAUCAAUGAGGCUGCAAAGCCUAAAUCGGUUCCAAAACGAAGAAAUCUUUCCCGCUCGUGCAUUCAUGAAGUUGCUGUUCCUAAUGGAUAUGCUUCUUCCAAAGAUGAAUCCAUCCAUGGAACCCUGUCCAAUCCAGUCUAUAAUGGCAAGAUGGCCAAAACCUACCCGUUUGAAUUAGACCCCUUCCAGCGUGUAUCGGUGGCAUGCCUGGAAAGGAAUGAAUCUGUCUUAGUAUCAGCACACACUUCAGCGGGGAAGACUGCAGUUGCUGAGUAUGCUAUUGCAAUGUCAUUUAGAGACAAGCAGAGAGUCAUUUACACCUCACCUUUGAAGGCUCUGAGCAAUCAGAAGUACAGAGAGCUCAGUCAGGAGUUCUCUGAUGUUGGCCUGAUGACUGGUGAUGUCACCCUUGCACCAAACGCCAGCUGCUUAGUCAUGACGACAGAAAUUCUCAGAGGGAUGCUCUACAGAGGUUCUGAGGUGAUAAAGGAAGUAGCUUGGGUUAUCUUUGAUGAAAUUCACUAUAUGAAGGAUCGGGAGAGAGGGGUUGUUUGGGAAGAGAGUAUAAUAUUCUUGCCCCCUGCAAUUAAGAUGGUUUUUCUCUCUGCCACCAUGUCGAAUGCCACAGAGUUUGCUGAGUGGAUAUGUAAUCUGCACAAGCAGCCCUGUCACGUGGUGUAUACAGACUACAGACCCACGCCAUUGCAACAUUAUUUGUUUCCGAUGGGUGGGUCGGGUUUGUACCUCGUUGUGGAUGAGAACGAGCAGUUUAAAGAGGAGAAUUUCAUGAAGAUGCAGGACACAUUCACAAAGCAAAAGAGUCAUUCGGAUGGGAAUAGGAGUGGUGGUGCCAAAGCCGGUGGUAGGAUUGCAAAGGGUGGGACUGCUUCCACGGGUUCUGACAUCUACAAAAUUGUAAAGAUGAUUAUGGAACGAAAAUUUCAACCGGUGAUUGUUUUCAGCUUUAGUAGAAGAGAGUGUGAGCAACAUGCCAUGUCCAUGUCAAAGCUUGACUUUAAUUCCCAAGAAGAAAAAGAUGUUGUUGAACAGGUUUUCCGAAAUGCUGUGCUGUGCUUGAAUGAAGAAGAUAGAACUUUGCCUGCGAUAGAGUUGAUGCUGCCUCUUCUUCAAAGAGGUAUUGCAGUGCACCAUUCUGGACUACUUCCAAUAAUUAAGGAAUUGGUGGAGCUUCUGUUCCAGGAAGGCCUAGUAAAAGCACUUUUUGCUACUGAAACAUUUGCUAUGGGUUUGAAUAUGCCAGCAAAAACUGUUGUUUUCACAUCUGUCAAGAAAUGGGAUGGUGAUAGCAAUCGGUACAUUGGCUCUGGAGAAUAUAUCCAGAUGAGUGGAAGAGCUGGACGUCGUGGCAAAGAUGAACGUGGCAUAUGUAUUAUAAUGAUUGAUGAGAAGAUGGAAAUGAAUGCUCUUAAGGACAUGGUUUUAGGUAAACCUGCUCCAUUGGUCAGUACUUUCAGACUGAGCUAUUAUUCAAUUUUGAAUUUGAUGAGCCGUGCCGAGGGCCAGUUUACUGCUGAACAUGUCAUCAAAAAUUCAUUCCACCAAUUUCAGUAUGAGAAGGCACUGCCAGAUAUGGGGCUAAGGAUCUCAAAGUUGGAGAAAGAGGCUGCUAUGCUUGAUUCUUCCGGAGAGACCGAACUUGCUGAAUAUCACAAGCUGGGACUUGAUAUAGCUCAACUAGAAAAGAGGAUUAUGUCUGAGAUCACCAGACCUGAACGGGUUCUGCUAUAUUUGGUCCCUGGUAGGCUGGUUAAAGUGCGAGAUGGUGGAACAGAUUGGGGUUGGGGAGUGGUGGUAAAUGUGGUAAAAAAGCCUCCUGCAGCAUCAAGUACAUUGCCUUCUUCAUUGGCCUCUUCUCGUGGUCUUGGUUACAUUGUGGAUACUCUGCUACACUGCUCUCCUGGUUUAAGUGAAAAUGGUUCACGUCCAAAGCCAUGCCCACCUCAUCCUGGGGAAAAGGGCGAAAUGCAUGUGGUUCCUGUACCAUUGCCCCUAAUUUCCAGUCUCAGCAGUAUAAGAAUUGCAAUACCUUCUGACCUCCGACCACCCGAAGCAAGACAAACUGUACUUCUUGCAGUGCAAGAGUUGGGAAAGCGUUAUCCCCAAGGACUUCCAAAACUUCAUCCGGUUAAAGAUAUAGGUAUUAAAGACCCAGAGCUUGUUGAUUUGGUUCAUCAAGUUGAAGAACUGGAGCAAAAAUUAUAUUCUCAUCCGUUGCAUAAGUCUGGUCAAAGUGAGCAGCAGUUCCAAUGGUAUCAGAGAAAAGCAGAAGUGAAUCAUGAAAUCCAACAGCUCAAGUCGAAGAUGCGGGAGUCACAGUUACAAAAAUUUCGCGAUGAACUGAAAAAUCGUUCGCGUGUUCUAAAGAUGCUUGGUCAUAUUGAUGCUGAUGGGGUAUUGCAAUUAAAAGGACGUGCAGCCUGUUUAAUAGAUACGGGGGACGAACUUCUUGUCACUGAGCUGAUGUUUAAUGGUACAUUUAAUGAUCUUGAUCAUCAUCAAGUUGCUGCUCUUGUGAGCUGCUUUAUCCCUUGUGACAAAUCAAAUGAACAAAUACAUCUGAGAAAUGAGCUUGCGAAACCUUUACAGCAACUUCAGGACAGUGCAAGAAGGAUUGCUGAGAUACAACGUGAAUGCAAAUUGGACAUAAAUGUGGAUGAAUAUGUGGAAUCAACUGCUAGACCAUACCUCAUGGAUGUGAUUUAUUGUUGGUCAAAGGGGGCAUCAUUUGGUGAGGUAAUCGAAAUGACUGAUAUUUUUGAAGGCAGCAUCAUACGCCUUGCAAGGAGGCUGGAUGAAUUCUUGAAUCAGUUGCGUGCUGCUGCUCAUGCCGUUGGAGAGGUUGAUCUGGAGAAGAAGUUUGAAGCAGGCAGUGAGAGCCUUCGACGAGGUAUAAUGUUUGCCAACUCCCUGUACUUGUGAGAGCGGAUCCUGAACCAAAAACAUCUAACCAUGUAUGUGUCAUCGAAAUAGCCCUAGUUUCUGAUGUUAGGCUCGCUCCAGUAGGCCCGAUCACUCAUUGUUACUAAUAUCCAUGUUGUAUAUGAGGUUCCUGGAAAGAGGUUUUGCUGCUGCAAAAAGCAAAACAUUUUUUGCAGAUCAAUGGAGUUAGAUUUUUGGGUCCUUGGUUUUGAAUAUAUGUUUAAGGAACACGCAAUCUAAGGCUAAUCCUCCAGAUGGUCAUGAAUUUGGCAUUUAAAAGGACAAGAGAGCAUCGUCUUGUUACGCUGUUCCUGGAUUUAGUUUUCCACUCGACGACAGUUUGACCCUUACAGCUUCCGUAAUUGCUCGGUCCCGAGCCUGGGUCAUCAGUCGUUCCUAGUUGUUUCUUACUUCACCGUGCUGGUUCAAGGCUGCCGAGUGAAUGCGCUGUUGCUGAGGGGCGUGUGAGAGUAUAUUCGAUGAGGUUGGUCCGGCAGUCUGUACCCUGUUUGCGGCAUCUUUGGGGAUCAUCCAUUUUCUAAUCGGUCCUGUAUUUUAGACUCAGUUGUAAUAUUUUAUCAUACCGUUUCUAAACUAACUAAUGCCCGGUGAGAUUUCCCGGGUAAUCUGUCGCAGCUGCUCUCAGAUACUGUAGAGCCAUAAUUUAAACGGUAAGUUGAUAGACUAUAACUUUUAGUUUGUUUGGGAUUUUAGCACCCAUCCAAGUUUCAAAGUUUCUUAAA